AGCCAUUAUGGCUCUAAAUGCUUCGUUCCACAAUGAAACACGUGGAUACCGCUAGUCCGCGGCAGGCAAGGCCGUUCAGCCUGGCAACGCUUCCACUUCACCUACCCUUCGUGUUCGCGCCAGGUGUCGGCGCAGCAAGGCCCCUCUGGCGCUGUGGCAGCAGAAGACGUGGCGGUUGCAAGAAGCAUGCUUCAGAUCGUUCCAACAAAGGGUACGACGUUUGCUUUGAGCGCCAGCACUGGCAAUUCAAGUCCUACGGCCAGGGGUGUUGCUCAAAGUGAGGUGGCCAAUAUGUCUCUCAAUUACUAGAAGGACCCCCCCGCGCUACCCAGCAAGGAGGUGCAGGAGGAGGUGGAGGAGUUCCAGGAGAAACCGAUCCUCGGGUGCUCGCGGUUGCUGCAGUACUGUUCGUUGCACGGCCUGAUCGUCAGGGAGUGCUUGGAGGCAUGGUUCCGCAGCGUGCCCCUGCGGAAAAGCAGCGGGCGCAGGCCCAACAUGUUGAUGUCGUUCGGCAUGAAAGUGUUGGUCUCACUAAGGACGCCGAGCCCUGUGCCAAGACGGCGCGCCUUUCGUUUCAAGAAGUGCACAUCGUCCGAACAAGGCUCAGAAGCUACAGGUGGGCCCUUCGCGAAGCUCGUGCCAACUUCCCGCGAGCUGAACAACUCUCUCAUGAAGCUGAGCAUCAAAACCAGGGCGCCAAUGACAAGGUGGCAGGUUGUUUGGAUUGACGCCAAGCGCCACGAGCGGGCGAAGGCGGCGGCAGCGACCAGGGCGGCGCAGGUGGCCAACGCCGCCCAGGCCCCGAGGGCGCCGACGGGCCCCGCCGCCGCAGGCGCUGCCGCGGGCCACGCCGCUGCCGGCGUUGCGGCGAUUGGUGCUCGCACCAAUGGGUAUUGAAGCACCUGAGCUACGUCGCAUGGACGUUGCACAGCUACGUGAGCAUUGCAUUGCUACUUUGAGGGGGUUCCCGUGGAACUCACGCCAUCCUGACCCCCCACGCGCGAUUCCGUUUCAGGCGAGAUCCGGGAAAUCCGAAGCGCGCGCCCCUUCUUCAAUAUAGUGAAACUCCCGAUCAACCGCAGAGCGGCCGGCUAGUAAUAGUCCUUCGGGUUUGGUCCAGCAGUUCGUUGACGUCGAAAGGCAGAUCCACGAAGGCGCCGGCAGCGACCACUGGCAGCGACGCGGGGUCUGAAGCAGGCGACCUUCCCAAAGAUCGAGCUGACGAGCUCGCCGGCAUCAAGAAGCGUUCCAUGGAGUGGGCCUUCGAGGAUGCUGACCACGCCCGCAUGGAGGAGCUUAUGCUUAAGAUGGCCCGCGCGCGCUCGUCCAAGCGCGUCAAGCGUGCGCAGGCCAACGUGGGCGGGAGGUUCCAUGACCUCUUCAAGGCCGCGGUCGCCCAGUUGCCGCGGCAGGGGGUUGAGUGAUCAAGGUUUGCGUCUCUUGUCUAGCAAAACAUGAUCAGCUGGAACGCUCUAGCUAGAUUUGUUGCGUCUCAACUGUUUGGCCAGCAUCAGCGGCGAGGUCGCACCCUCGCGGCUCCGCGAGCCGCGGCACCAUGGCGUUUGGCUCGGCUGGGAAUUCGGUAGGGGCCACCGCCGAGGGGCGGGUGGCCACCGACGGCCGCCAGGCCAGCGGGGGACGCCCGAGCAACGUGGUCGGCUCUGGGCUUGGGUGGCUCAAACCUCCCCGCGCCUGGGGGGUCCUUUUUCCCGAUGCCGCAUCCCAUUCUUGGGAACCGUGCGGCCGCCGCGGUGGGCGAGCGUUCUUUUGAUGUGAGUGGGUGUCGGGGCCGGGGGAGAGGCCAUUGAGACCCCCC